GCGUAACUCGAAGAGAGCAGUCGUGCAUCUCCGCUUCUUCGUUCGUGAACGUCCGUCUACGCGCGAUGAGAUGAUCUAAAGUGAAGUGAACGAGAUAGUUAUAACAAUGAUCUGGUUAGUUGUAAGUGCUGUGCUGGUGUCAGUGGUGGACGCGAGGAGUCUCUCCAGAGUGGACUCGCCGCCCAGAGGAUGCGAAUGGCGAAUGGAACUUCAGGAGAACGACAGUAUCGAAGAGCCGGUAUUGUACUGUCAGAUACGCACCAUCAACACAGCGGAGGCGCUGCUGAGGAACAUGAGCCAAACGGAGUCCGAUCGUGUUAGCGUUCUUACAUUGGAAUGCAACGACGUGUUGUUCUUUGAAAGCUCGUUGGAGACGCCGAGACAAGGAAACUUCUUGUCUAGCUUGAAGAAACUGAAAGACCUGCGAGUGGAGAAUUGUAAAAUAAGGAACAUUCCUGGUGCCGCACUGUCGCCGUUGCGGCAUUUACGAAGACUCUCGCUCCGAUCACACAACUCAGAAUGGUCGGCGAUGACUUUGGAACUACAUCCCGAGAGCUUCAGGGGACUUGCAGAACUUCGAAGUUUGGACCUUGGUGAUAACAAUAUUUGGAAUACUCCAGAAGACUUAUUCUGCCCACUCUUCAGUCUGACUCAUCUCAACCUUACUCGUAACAAGCUCCAGAAUGUCUCGGGGAUGGGAUUCUCAGAUUGGGGCAAUGGACCUCUCGCUCCCGGUCGUGCAUGCGUUAGUGGACUGGAAACUCUAGACCUCUCGUACAACGAUAUCAUAACUUUGCUCGACAAUGGCUUCUCAGGGCUACGAUCUCUCGAAGAACUGCACCUCCAAAACAGUGCUCUGUCGAACAUGGGGGAUAGAGCCUUCGUUGGUUUGACCAACCUCAUCACUUUGAAUCUGUCCAGCAACUUUUUGGUUGCUCUACCUCCAGAGCUGUUCCAGUCAUCCAGAGGACUUCGUCACCUGUACCUCAACAACAACUCGUUGAGCGUCCUGGCGCCAGGACUUUUAGAAGGAUUGGAUCAACUUAACAUUUUGGACCUGUCUCACAACGAAUUAAACAGUCAGUGGGUGAAUCGAGAUACGUUCUCUGGUCUAGUAAGACUGGUCGUGUUGAACUUAGCAAGCAACCAGUUGACUCGUAUAGACGCAAAUUUGUUCCACGAUCUGUACAGCCUUCAACUUCUGAACCUCGAAAAGAACCGUAUCAGUGUAAUAGCCGAAGGAGCCUUCUCGGAACUGAAGAACUUGCACGCAUUAACCUUAUCCUACAACAAAAUCACACGCAUCGAGAACUACCACUUUUCGGGGAUGUACGCCCUAAAUCAAUUAUCUCUGGACCAAAAUGACAUUGAGUUCAUCCACCCGAAUUCCUUUGAAAAUAUGACCCAUCUGCAAGACCUCAUAUUGAAUGGAAAUCGAUUAGGAACGAUACCGAGCGGUCUCGGGCAAUUGCGCUUUCUGAAAACGCUAGAUUUGGGUAAGAACCACAUCGAAUCGGUGGCCAACUCGUCAUUCGAAGGUUUAGACCUGCUGUACGGGCUUCGCUUAGUAGACAAUCACAUCGUGAAUAUCUCAAGGGACGCAUUUUCGACUCUACCCUCUCUGCAGGUACUAAAUUUAGCAUCCAAUAAAAUCAAGUAUGUCGAACAGAGUGCUUUUUCGAGCAACCCGACUCUCAAGGCCAUCCGUCUAGACGCUAAUGAGUUAACUGACAUUAGUGGAGUUUUUACGAAUCUCAAAUCGCUGGUGUGGCUGAACGUAUCAUCGAAUAAACUCAUGUGGUUCGAUUUUAGUCACUUGCCUGUGAGUUUGGAAUGGUUGGAUAUGCACGACAAUCAGGUCACUGAACUCGGGAACUUUUACGAUGUCAGAAACACGCUCAAAAUUAGGAUGCUUGACGUCAGCUAUAAUUUGAUCGAAGAGAUAAAGGAAAAUUCGGUACCAGACAGCAUAGAAACGCUGUUCUUGAACAAUAACAAGAUUACGACUGUGUUGCCUAAUACCUUCCAUAACAAACCAUACCUAGAAAAAGUCGUGCUGUACGGUAACAAUAUCAAACAUCUCGAGUUGUCAGCUUUGAGUUUGAGUAACGUGACAAACGACAGGGACUUGCCUCAGUUUUAUCUAGGAGAUAACCCGUUUUACUGUGAUUGCAAAAUGGAGUGGCUACUAAACAUCAACCGCUUGAGUAACCUGAGACACUACCCACAAGUUUUGGAUAUGGAUGCCAUCACCUGCGAACUAGCACAUAACAGAGGUCAACCUCCGCAGCCUUUGUUGAGCCUCAAGCCUUCGAACUUCCUAUGCCCAUAUGAGACUCAUUGCUUUACAGUGUGCCAUUGUUGUGAUUUUGACGCGUGCGACUGUGAGAUGACGUGCCCGGACCGUUGUACCUGUUUCCACGACAUGACCUGGACCUCAAACGUCGUCGAUUGCAGUAACGCUGGUUACACGAUGGUACCUGAGAAAAUUCCUAUGGAUGCCACUGAAAUUUAUCUCGAUGGCAAUGAUCUAGGGGAGCUGGGAAGUCACGUGUUCAUCGGAAAGAAAAAGUUAGAGGUGUUGUUUUUAAAUAACAGUAAUGUGAGAGCCUUGCACAACAGGACUUUUAAUGGUGUCAGUUCCUUGAAAGUGUUGCACAUGGAAAACAAUGAACUGGACGAAUUGAGAGGAUACGAGUUCGAUCAGUUACCCAACAUAAACGAACUUUACCUAGAUCAUAACAAAAUAGCUCACGUCGGUAACCAAACGUUCAGAAAUAUGCAUCAACUGGAGGUACUGAAGCUAGACGAAAACGAAAUCGUGAACCUCAGUCCGUGGCAGCUGGUGGAAGACGCAACUCCACGUGUUUCUCUAGACGGCAACAAGUGGUCUUGCCAGUGCGAUGCCCUGGCUCGGCUGGUAUCCUGGAUCCGGGAGACAGGGAGCGAUCCAUCGAAGAUGCUUUGCUCUGGGGGUGAAGGAGAAACGGUAGCUGACGUUUUAGGUAGAUGUGAUGACAUGGACAAUGCGAUAGCCACCUCGGUCGUCCAGAGGGAAGUUGUCAAACAGCCGCAGCUGAUUGCAGGCAGCUAUGUGCCGUUGCUAGCAGGGACUUUGGUCGCAGUGAUCGUGGUGUGUCUCAUCGUGGCCAUCAUGUUUGUGUUUAGACAGGAGGUGAGAUUGUGGGCGCACUCCAAGUACGGUGUCAGGAUAUUCCAGGAUGUCGCGUCCGCGCAUGAUGGAGCUGAUGACAGAGACAGACUUUACGACUGCUAUAUGGUCUACAGCCACAAGGAUGAGGAUCUGGCUGCUCGCCUGAUAGCUCCCGAGCUGGAGCAGCUCGGCCACACGUUGUGCCUGCAUUAUCGCGACCUCCAUCUAGUAGGCGGUGCUUCGUACCUCGCCGAUGCAAUGGUGGGGGCAGCAGACGCCUCCAGGAGGGUGUUGUUCGUUGUUAGUCCCGCCCUUAUGAGGACGGAGUGGGCGAGGCCUGACUUCAGGGCGGCGUUACAGACGGCCCUUAGGGCGACCUACCGUCAUAAACUCGUCUGCGUCCUGAGCGGGGAUCCCCUGGAACCGAUGGACCCCGAACUGCGUGCGUUACUGCGCGCAUGUGCUGUAACGCGGUGGGGAGAGCGCAGAUUCUGGGAGAAGCUGCGAUUUGCGAUGCCGGAUGUGGUGACGGCUGCUAGGAGAGGGAAGAAACACCACCAACAGGAAAUCCGGUGUAAACCGGUCAAUAGGUAUACCUCAGCUCCGACAUCCCACCACGGCGGCGACUCCUGGUACAAGUACCAACCGAUGCCCCCUGGGGUACUCCACGCUACUCACCCCGCCCAUCAACUUCAUCCCGCCCUUCACGGAGCUCUAACCCCCACCCCAACGCAAAGCACGUACGUCUCUGGAGGGGAGUCCAAUCGCAGCACGGCUGCCGAAGACUCGGAAGAGGCCGCGAGCAGCGCCAGCAGCCAGCACUACGGCAGCGACCAAUUAAACCACAGCUACGUCAGCAUCAGUGAGAGGGGCGGUCCGCCGCAGUACACGCAAGCGCCGCCCCAUCAUGUGUAUUCAACCAUUCCGGACACGCAGCCGCAAAGUAGGACGUACUUCGUAUGAAAGGAGGGGAUAAUCAACGCCAGAGUCGGCGUCAAAUAGCGAAAUUGCUAUACGGGCUUUACGACCAUAGAUAAGAGCCCCUGAACGUGGUUUCUGUGAUAGUGAAUGAUGAAAUUGAAGAAUGUUCAGGCGAAACGCUAUAGGCUCUGUGAUACUUGAAGCUUAUAGUAAUGUACAUAUGACGCUUUCGCACUUGCAACUGAUUGCUACGAAGGCCAGAAGUUAGAGGCAAAUGUUGCCAUGUGUGACGUACUGAGAAGACUGCAAUAAUUGAGGAAGACACAGAAAAGGAAAAAUGAGAAUCACGGAUGGUCUUAUUACCAAAACCGCGCACAGUUUGAGAGCAUCGGUAUCACUAUUCGAAAUUUUGUAUGAUGAACCGUGGUAUAAAGUGUGUCAGUUGAAGGUUGUAUAUGUAAUCUCAUACAAUGGAAAUAAGAUUGUUCAUUGUCUGCUUGAAAUUAGCCUAUACCUAUGAGGUUGAUUUUCAAAUUCCCGACGCUGUAAUUCAAGAGAUAAUGGAUACUUUAGUCCGUUAAGGUCAAAUACUUUAGAAAUGUUUUUUCAAAGGCUGUUUUUACUUAUGUUUGUCCAAGUGAUGAAAAAGUUACAGGUGCUAGAAUGUCUAGCUGAAUGUCAAUAUCUCAUUUUUGUGCGGGGUUGUGAAGUGAAAAUCAGUUGUGAUAUCCACCACCACUUUGUGCACGUCGGAGCUCCAGAAAGUGAGUACUUUAUUAAUGUUUUGCUAAUGGAUUACACAUAUUUUGCAUCAGUCGGUCUUUAUGUCUCCAAGUGAUCAGUUUGUCCCAAAAAAGAGAGAGCGUUAACGUCGCACACUUCUUGUUUUCAAUAGCAUGUUUGUAGGAGCGUUCUUAGCACUUUUCGUCUGAUUGCUUCAUGGUGUGUACAGAGAUGAUAGAAAAACAGUUUCAUCAAUUUUAUUGUCGAAAAAUGCAUUUUUCAUAGAUUUUUUCUUCGACCGUUACUUGAUAACAAAUUAAUAUAAUUGUAUUUUAAUAUUUCACUUUUAUAGCAGAAAUGAACUUUUUCUUUUACCACUUUGCUGCAAAAUUAGUUUCUAAGAAAAGCAAACUUCAUUGUAGAAAGAAAAAUGAUUGAAAGAAGUAAUUAUCGGCUUAAUUCUACUUUAAAAGUGAAUUACUCACAUACAAUUUCAGAGCUGUGCUAAUCUUUGUGAUCGGGUUACGAUUGAAAAAAGUAUGCUCAAUAUUUUGUGAUGAAAAAAUUAUAACAUUGUUUUUUAGUCAACAGGAAAUGAUCUGUUGAAAAGUAUCUCCUCCAAAUAGGUAGUUGAAAAAAGGAGGUGUGUGUCCUUAAGGGUACCAUUUGCACCUUGGAUGUAAAUUCACGGCAAGGGUUUGGAUUUUGGUAUCAUUUCUUGAUAUCUAAAGACAAAGAAAUAUACUUUUUAUCUAGUGAGUGCAUCAAGACUUUAUUUAUAUUUUUUAAGCAGUCAUAUGUGUAUUUUCUUGGAGUUGAUAAAGCUUCCAAAAAAUGUUUUCUUAUAUGCAUCAUUUCAUAUAUGCAUAUUCAUUCUGUUUAUUUUAUUCAAACCUUUAAAAGCUUACGUAAAAGCUACAAAUCUGGAUGGUAAGAAAGCAUAUAGAAGCUAUAACUCACUGCUGCUGAUACUAAGUUCAUUUCCCUUUGUGUUAAGUCAAUUCCACCUACUAUUUCAAUAUUUCACACCAGUACAACCAAUUACCGACACGUUGUCAGCACUAUCGCCUGUUACAUUUAAAAUUAAAUACAAACACCGUCUCGAAUGUUGAAGUUGAGACAAAACAGUUCGAGCGCUGUGCGUGCUUUAUCACAAACAUUAAAUUUCUCUUUGCUGACGCCUUGUGGAAAAAAUUGUUUAGAUCGUUACAGAUCAUUUAUCGUUACAAAUUGCUUUGUUAAAUUGUAACUGGGAGCUUUCUAUUACUGUUCAUCAUCGCACUGAAACGGAAUUACUAGAUUUCUAAAAAUAGUUACUGCCGGUUGGAAGCCUGCUUUUGAAAAUUUGCCUGUGAUGAUGUCUCUUGAAUCAUUUAACAGAUAAUCGGUGCUUCGUUUUUUUAGCUGUAAAGCUUAUUUUAGGUUUCACUCAUUUUGUGACUACAGUCACUGGUUUCAUGUUGUAUCUGGAGGAUUCACUUAGGGCUAAACCAGGCGUUAAUUCUGCAGAAUCAUUGUUUAAUUCAGUUACAAAAUUGUAUUUAGCUUAUUUUUAGUGCAAUGAGUAGGUAAUCUCCAACCAGCAAAAAUAUGUGGAAUAAUUUCUUACAUUGUGAUGCAAAUGAUAAAAGAUUGUCAAUUCUACUAUAUUCACUUUGCGAUUCAUCAUACGGUGGUAGUAACUUCCAUGACCCUUGCUGGUAUUUUUGGUUUAUUCUUUAUCUCUGCAAUCAAAAAUAAGCUAAUAUAUCUCUUCUUUAUUGUAUGUCCUCUUUUAUCCUCUUCCUCUUUGAUACACAAUUUGCUUUUAAAAUUCAUUGUUUAUAUCAAAAAAAUGAGGUUACAUAGUCCUUACUAAAUAGAUAUUGACUUAUAGACUUUUAUUCUAAGAUAUCAGUUAAUUACGUUCUAAAACUUGUAACGAUCUCUCGGACAAGAACGCGAAGAUUUUGUCAUAAUUAGCAAAAAUAAUAAAUUACUAUGUAAUAAAGCAGAUUUAUGUAUAUAUUUUGUAAAUAUUUUAUGAGAUGAUAUUUAUUUGUGACGUACGAUUAGUACCACUUACUUUGAGAACCUGGAUUGCAUUUUCUAAUAUAUAAGAGGAACAAAAAUUAGAUCUACUUGUAGGCGUUAUGAAAUUGUUUAUUUUCCUCUACUUCAGGGUACAUUGAACAACUUAUAGUAUCUUAAUACUAGUUUUAAAACUUCGAUUUUCCUAAAAUCCGUUUGUUCAUUUCUGUUAUAUUUUUUUAAAUCUUUUGUGAUUUACUUAGUAUUUAAAAUAUUGGAAGUAAAUUCAGGUUGUAGUCCGUUAUUAGAAAUUUUAACGGUAUAACUUGUCACUCAUGUUGAACUUUAAUUUUCGAAUAGAUAAACAAUAUCUAUAUGACUGUGUAAAUGGCGAAGUCCGUCAUUUGGUACUAUGGAAUAUCAAUUAAGUACUUCUUUGUAAUGAAAAACCGCAAUUUAGGUUCUCGCCACUUACUGAACGCUUAUUAGUCACUAAUUUUAAGCACUCUGUAAAUAAACUUUUUUCCUACUCAUAUGUAAGUGAAGACUGUUGAAUAUGUAAAGUAUUCCUUAAUUUAU